GCGUGGCCGCUGGUCGAGCUGUGGUCGGUACUGGACGAACAUGAAUGGCGGACAUCAGAUGCCAGAUCAAGCUGGUACCGGGCAGUAUAAUCGUCCGCCUGCGCCUCCGGGCAUUGUGCCAACGUAUGUUGUGCCCACUAUACAAGCGCAAGGUGCGCAACAGCAGCUACCGUCGGUGCAACAACAGGUAUCUCCGGCGAAUGCAGCACUAUCCGUCCCUGUGAAUAGCGAAACUCACCCGCAGUAUGUUAUGCCACCGAUUGCUGCACCAUGGGCUAUGCAGGCGUUGCCGACCACUGCGCAAUGGCCUGCUGCCAUUCCAUGGCAAAUGCCCCCUGCUGGGAAUCCUCUUCCUCUACCUCUUCCUCAACCAUCUAAUGUGCAAUUACCUAGCGUCCAAGUACCAAGCGCGCAAAAUGGUGAUCUUCCCGGUUCCAGAGCUCAGACAAAUGGUGAUGGCCGAUCGUCUAAUCAAAACCAUGAGAAAGGUCCGGCUGCGAAUGCUUUUCUAGGCCCAGGUAACCGGGCAUAUUUUACAAAAAAAUACAUGGACAUCUUGGAGGAUAUAAAGUCGGAAAAAGAUCUCGACGCUGCGAAGAGGAAGAUUUCUGGAGGCAGGAUGGGUGGCGUGCGGAUUUCGGACAGCACAAACGAGAGCUGUAGGUCGGAAGUCCGCUCGAACAGUAAGACCGACGAUAUGAAGGCAUGGGUUACUUCGACCCUCGAAGAUUCACUGAAGUUAAUCACCCAGAAGCUUGAGGAAGUGGACUCCAAAUCCAAGCUGGUGGCCACCGAGAAGGAGGAGCUAAUGCGACUAAGAGCGGAGAAGGCUGCCCUCGAUAAGGUCAACAAGGAAGCGAGUAGCGAGAAGCGAAAGCGGGUGGCUGCUGUAGCGCCUGCUGCUGUGACGCCUUCCAACAACGCGAAGUCCGGAUCGAGAGGAAGUUCGAAAGGGAGAUCGCGCCGAGUUGAAAUCUCCUCUGACAAGGAAGACACUGAUAUCGGUCAGGUGCGACAAAACUUGAGUGAAAAACUGGAGGAGAGCAGUGACUUAUCCAAGGUGAAGAAGGUGCUGGCCGCGAUCGCACAAAGUCUCGCCGACGUCAAAGGCAAGCAGCCGACAGUGGAUCCUAAGGAACAGCCUGUCAAGGAGCAUGAAAUGGAGGAAGACGACAAUGAAGAUGUGGACGUUGCCGUGAACAUCCCUGACCAUGAGGAAGAAGAGAUUGACGAAGGCGGGUUGGCCGCGUAUAUGAAGAUGCGGCAGGACUUCUACAUGUCCUUGCAUUAUACGAGGGUGCAGGAGUUAUGCAAGUAGAGAGAAAUUUCUUACUUUCGUAAGGAACCAUCAGCUUGGGAAUUAGCGAGGUUGGAUCUGCAAGAAUACGCGGACCAACUAAAUGGUAAUGCCCCAAAUGGGGUGAACGUUGGGAACAGGGGCGUUGAGCCCUCUCGCAAGAUAACUGCGAGGAACUGUGAUAACCCAGAGUCUGGGAACGAGAAGGGUGGUGACUCAAUUGCUGGUAGCUGAUUAGGGAGCUUUCGCUCCUUAAAAAGAGCAUCAAGGCGCAUUAGUGCCUUGCGA